AUGGCGAGGUCUGUAAACAAAAGCGAGCCCCACGCGGGUCCCCGGCCGGGUGCGGAGCAGCAGCAGACCAGCAGCGCUGGAUUUCGCUUCCAGUGCCCGCUCCCGGGCCCUCCGCGCGUCCCCAGCCCCGGGUACCCGCUCCAGGCUCUCCAGCCGGGGCGCCCGGCCCGGAGCGCCGCACGGAUGGCCAAGGUGAGCGCCCCGCCGCUCUGCAGAAAAGCCAGGCCCGUGAGUGCCCGAGACAGCCCCGAGAUGCACACACAGACACACGCACGGCGCGCGCGCGCCCUCCCUGAAGUUGAUUUAAAAAUCCGCCGACAGAUGCACAGCGAUGCCUCCGCCGCAGGUCAGCGCCGACCUCCGGGUGACGCCUGGGCACUGUCAUCGGGCGCCGGGCACCAGGGCCCCGCGCACUCGCCUCCUCCUGGGCACUCCUCCUCGCGAGGGAUCCUUCUCGUGCCUUCCUCUCCCAGAUCCCCCAUUCCCAAGUGUGUGCGCACGAAAACAAUACGCAGAGAGCCAGACCAGGGGGAGCUAGGACCCGCCGGGAGCCCCAGGGUGCGGGAGACGGGGUCAGGACGUGCCCGGCACGGGCGCACGGCUCCGGGCAUCCCAUCCCCAUCCCUCGGGGCAGCUCGGCCCGGCCCUGCCCGGCCCGCGGGACUCACCUGGGACGUUCGUCCCGGAUCCCCGGGCCCGCGCCGGGCACAAUGCGGGAUCGCCGGGCCCCUGGGGCUGCGGGCUCCGAAGCGAUCUCCGCGCUGCAGAGCUGCGCGCCCGACGGCGGCGGCGCAGAUCUGCCCGGCCGCGCUCCGAGCCGCUCCCCCGCAGCCAAUGGGAGCUGUCACGGCGCCGCCACCGGAGGCCUUGGGGGCGGAGCCGCGGGAGCCCGUGGGAAACCAAGCUCCGAUUGGAUCGCCUGACAAUCGCUCCGCCUCCGACCAGCCAAUCAGAGACGGCGGAGACGGGAGCGGGGCGUUCGGAGUUGGGCUGGAGAGUCACAACAGCCGCACUCCGGGUUCCCGCGCUGCAUCCCGGCCCGCGUCCGCGGCUAGGAGGAGGCUGGCGCCGCGCGCUCCGCAGGACGCCCUCAGGCUCCGGGGGCGCAGCCUCGAGAGACGGCGGGUCCGCCAAGCUGCCUGUCAACUGUCCGAGGCGGAGGUGGCCAAUGACGUGCGGCGCAGGAGUCGGAGUUGGCGCGCGCGCGCGGUUCGGCGUCGGUGGGAUUGGUCGGAGGCGAAGGCUUCUCCUGCUGCCGGAGGCGGGGAGCGGGCCGAGGCGGCGGGAGCCGGGGCGUCGUACCUGCCGCACGUGGUCGGCUGGAGCCCCGCAGCCGGCUCGGAGGGGCCGCGGGAAGUUUUUAAGAGAGAAAAAAAAGAGUCCCAACGCGGCCCCUCUGCGUGGAUGCCCGGGGAGGUUAGAGGGGCGCGCGAGGACCCGGUUCCGAGCCUGCGGGGAGCCCGCGUCCCUCCCGGGCCGGAGCUCGCCCUCGCGCGGAGAACCCCGGACACCCCGGGCGCCGCAGAGGCGGGGCUGGAGCGCGCUGCGUCGGACGGGGAGGACUGCUCCCCGGGAUUCAGCCCACCAAGCCCCUCGCCGGGCCAGCGUGGCUGGCAGGGCACCGGGCCCCGGGGCAGCAGGGCCUUGCAGGGCUCCUGA